CAGACAACAGUCAGAUCAGCAGUUUGUUGUAGACUGUCUGUGAUAUCUCUGCGGACAAAUUUUACACUUUUCAUCUUCACAUAUUAUUUGUAGUAUCGCAACUAUUUCGGUCUUUUUACCCUGUGUUUUUCUAAACCAGUUGCGAAAUGAUGUAGAGGUACUGGUAGUAAUAAUAUGGAUCGGCGCAAAAGCUCGCAUCCAAGCGCCAGCAGCAGCGGAUUUGCGGUAACCAGCUUAUCCGACGCCAGCGAUGAUAGCGACGAUGAUUUCUGGUCCAGCAGCCAUGCCCCUGCAUCGGGCUCUACAAACGCAGCUACCGUUACCUCCAAGCAUGCUGCUUCAGAAAAUCUGGAAGAUGGAUUCGCCAUGUUGAAGCGUAUGCGGGAAAACGACAGAUCUUCGGAUAAAUCGAUUAACGGCAAUAAUAAACGAGCCAGGGCUGCAAAAUUUAAAUUAUCCGAUGAUGAGGAAGAUGAAAAACCACGAAUGUCCACGCAAAAGGUACAGGGUAAACUUGAAUCGAAAGUUGUUAGUGGAAAGAAAAAUCUACUGGAGAAUACUGGUGCGAAAGCACCGGCAAAAGCGAAAACUGCCCAGGAUUUAGAGCGAGCCAGAGCCAAAUUAGCGGAGAUCGAUCUGGAGUGGUCACCCGGCGAUGAUGAAGUUUCCGUGGAAGAAACUGUUAAUUGGAUGCGAAAAUGCGAAGAAGGGAUGCCGGAUCCAGAAGAGCUCGAAAUGUGGGCAGCCGAACGGGAAAUCGAUCUGAAACAAAUGAGCAUAGCGAACGAAGAUCAUUUCUGUGAUGUACGGAUUCUUCGGAGAUUGCUGGAAUGCAAGACGAUUCUAGACACGGAAACCAGUGCCGAUAUCGAAACUGCACGAAGUAAAGUCAAUCCAUUCGAACUCACCGGAAAGCAUUGUUUCAUGAACAGAGCAGCUCUGAAGAUGGCCAACAUUGAUGCCGUUUUUGAUUGGAUGUUCACUAACCCGAAAACGGAUGGUGGACGCACACUGAUUUCCGAUUCAGGCGAUGAUUUACUGUAUUUUGCUGAUAUUUGCGCCGGUCCGGGAGGAUUCACGGAGUAUGUGCUGUGGAAGCGAAAAUGGCAUGCGCAUGGUUUUGGGUUUACACUCAAAGGCGAGAAUGACUUCAAGCCGUAUAACAUUCAGGCUGGACCCGCAGAAGCCUUUGAGGCGUUUUACGGUCCGGAAGACGAAAAUAAUAUCUGCAGCAGUAAAAAUUUGGAGUUGUUUGCGGAGCAUGUUAAAAAUACCGUACAGGAUGGAAAAAGCGGUGUGCAUUUUGUUGUGGCAGAUGGGGCUUUUUCGGUUACCGGACAGGAAAAUAUCCAAGAAUUACUGUAUAAGCGGCUGUACUUAUGCCAAAUGCUGUGCGCGCUUAUGGUGCUUCGUGAAGGUGGACACUUUGUGUGUCGACUGUGCGAUAUUUUUACGCCGUUCAGCGUUGGAUUAAUCUACCUGAUGUACCGAUGCUUUGAUCGAAUAUCCAUCCAUAAACCGAACACAAGUCGGCCAGCAAGUUCUGAAAGGUACAUUAUUUGUCGCAAUCUACGAUCUGGAACAGAUGUUGUACAGCAGUACCUGUUCGACCUUAAUCUCCAGUUCGAUGCACUGGUGCCGGGACAAGAUCUGAUGGAAUCAUUACCGCUGGACGUUAUUAAUCACGAUGAGGAAUUCGUCCAGUAUAUCCAAAACUCCAACGAGAAGAUUGCCGCAGCACAGUCUCUCUACUUGGCGAAAAUCAUUGUGUUUAUCAAUGGGAAUUUUGACGAACGCCAAAGGCAGGAAGCGCUGCGCGACGAAUGCCUACGAUACUGGCAGUUGAAUCCCCAGUCAUCAUUCGACGUACGUCGUGCUGCCAGUCGCGACAUUCAAUCGUUAUUUCGCCGUCUUCGUGGCAGUAUUCCUUUCGACCGCGUCCAACUGUCUACGAUCCCUCUAUCCGGUCAAGUGUCCAACCUUCUUAGUUACCGUGCCGUCGUGUCGGGUGGAGCCUUGUGUUUAGUCCUGGGUCUCGGCCGUGCCGAGGUGCGGUUAGCACCGGUGAAAGUCGGCCGCUUUGAAGGCCUGAGUGGAAUCUGGGAGUCGAUGAGUGCGCGGAGCGACUUAAAGAAUGUCCAUCUGCAGUUGCCGGCGGAGACGCUACUGCUGGGCGAAUUUGUGGAAGAAAUCACGGUUAGUGGGACGGUGACGAGGAAGACGAAGGCGCUGCAUAUUGUGGAUGCGUAUUGGCUGGGGAAGGAAUUGGUGGGGAAUAAGCCGUAUGAUGUUAGGAUGCGGCGAGCGAAGAAAUUCGCUAGGAGUAUUGUCCAGACGGGAAAAGACGAAAAGCUGGCAUGUGUUUUGCGGGUCAAGAAUGUUCAUAAGGCUGCGGAAAUGCAUGAAGCUGUUGGAAGGUUGCAGUUGUUCAGGCCACGGAACAUGCGCUUUGGUAUGAUGGUAACGGAAAGUGUCAGCGAAGACACUUGUUACGGAGUGCACGGAAUGCACUUUAUUCCUAUCACAAAAAAUCCGUGGAAAAUGGUUUGGAGCAAUACACAGCAAAAUUGCUAUGUGUUUAAUACUUCCAACGGGAAAACUUCAACAUCGCUUAAUGAAGGGAUCUUUGCGGAUGCUUGCGAUGCUGUUUCGAAUUGGAAAACAUGGCAGUGGACAACCGAAACUGGGGUGGUGGAUGAAAGGGUUCGGCUGCGUUGUAAAGAUACCCUUUAUGACUGGCUGGAGGCUGCAAAAACUAAGAAAUGACAGGGUUUUGGCAAAUCUCAAUAUUCCGGUUUUAGUCCUGUGUGCAUAGACUUUCGUUUAUAAUUUAAAUGCCGUAUUUGUUUUUAUUAUUUAAACCGCGUUUUCGGCUCUGCCGGUGGAGCUUCUAGUAUUUUUAAUUUUGAUUUUAUUUGUCUUUCGCGAGUCUGCUGUUUUGAACGUGAUUGCUUGUUGGCAGUUUUUUGCCGUGAUGUGACGGGGUGAUUUUACCGCUGUGAUGGAGAGAGAGUUCUUGAUUGUUAUAUGGAGGGAAACCCGUGUGCAGUAAAAUAAUUAUUUAAG